CCUCGUCCCAAGAAGCCUGGAGCACCUGAGCCUAAAAGGAGGAGUCGGAAUGGUUGCUGGCCCUGCAAGAACCGAAAAAUAAAAUGUGGCGAGGAGCAUCCAACUUGUGUCAAGUAUGUAUGACCCUCUGCACUCAAGGACUAGAUGCCGCCGAAUGGAAUUAUUGCUUGAAUGCAUUCCUCGCGGCCGCUGGCUACAUCCGCGCGUCUCUGCAUUUGCCUAACUAACACUGUCUCUGUUAGCUGCCAGAAGGCCGGCGAGACAUGUGACUAUAGCAUCCGCCUCAACUGGGACGGACGGCGGGGGAAGAAACCUGAGCCGGGGACCAUCGACUUCAGUCAAGAAGUCCCGUCGCCCACAGUUCCGGCGAAGGGUUUCAAAUUAGUCCAUCAAUUUCCAACGUCAAACAACACCUCGACUCGCAAGCUAGAGCCGCUGGUUUCUCCUGACAGCUCAUCAAAGCCAGAUUCAAACUUUACAACACCCAGUGCAGAUACAUCGAGUACAGCAUAUGAUAGCCCAUCGGACCAAUUUCAGGUGCCUAACAAGCGUAUCAAGCUAGACUCGGGCUCGGUGCCUCGCGAAUCGUCGGAGAAGAGACAGUAUUCGUCUCCUUCAUCAACUGCCGAUGUUGGCACACCAGCAUACGGGUUUCCUGUUUCCAAUGCUUCCGCUUCCGCGUCCCCUCUGACGCCGGCUGCUUCCUCAGUCUAUAGCGACGGGGGACCGUCACGGCAUGCUCCGCGAUCGGAGCCCUCGCCUCAUCUCAUGUCACCUGACCUCAGGAGAAUGUCGGUGCAUUCCUUGAUAUCUGGACAUGGGCGGCUACAGGAUGAGCAAGGUGGUUACCAGCACCUGUCCCCAAGUCAGUGGGAGUCUUUGCUGCCAUCACAUCCGAAUGGACCUAAGCUCUAUGGUGUCGAUCGCGGCCUACCGGAUCUUGACCUUGGGAAGAACGACGACGAGAAUGCCAUUGGGACAGGAUACACACCCCUCAGCCAACGAGAUCGUAUUGAGACUCCCGAAGGCGACUUUGAUAAUGAUUUGUUCUCGACGGAUUUUUCGUUUGGGUUCGAGGCAACCGAUGCGAAAGGAGAAACUAAAGGCUACUAUGACAAGCCGGUCGAGAUCUUCAUACCUCAGUACUUGGAGCCACUACCCACGAAACUUAUCAAAAAUCCCAUGAACCUUCUCUACUUCCAUCAUUUCAUCAACCAUACGGCAAAAGUCCUUGUACCCUACGACGACGCUCAUGCGAAUCCUUUCCGGACAACACUUCCUCUUAUGGCGCUUCGCAACGAGAAUUUGCUCGCUCUCAUCCUCGCGUAUUCUGCUUCUCAUCGAGCACGGCUCCUCAGGCACCCGGAACCAAGCUUGCGAAUCGCGUUUUGGGUUGAAGACAUAUUCCCGGCUUUACGACAGGCGUUAUCAGAUCCCGGUCAGAACUUUUCUGAUGCGAACGUGGCAACUGCCAUCAUGCUAGCAUCGCUUGAGAUCGUCUCACCCAAAGUGUUCGGCUACUCGAUACCGUGGCAGAAACACCUUAGCCUUGCCAGAGAGUUGAUCAAAGGUCGGCCAGGCGGUCUACAUUACCAGAACAACUUUCGGCAAGACCACGUCUGCUCGUUCCUAUGGAGUUGGGCAGCCUAUCUCGACGUUAUGGGUAGCUUGACUGGAGGGCCGAAAGACUCGUCAACUGCAUGGAUGUUUGACUACGAGUUGGAAGACAAAAAUGACGGCUACGAUGAGAUUGAAUGUAUUAUGGGCUUCACCACAAGAUGCGUCUACCUGCUAGCGAAAAUCGCGGAUUUGGCUCGAAAAUGUGAUAUUGAGCGCAUCGACCCGAACAACAAAAUACGGGCGGACUGGAAGCCAAGUCACGACGCGUUGGAAAUAGCAUACAAGCUCGAAGCUGACGUAAAAUACAGCAUGAAUCGGCCUAUUACGCCUUGUAAACAUAUCCUUGCUGGUGGCAACGUUGAUAAAUGGGAUCGAGUUGAGCUUGCUGCCACAAACGAAGCCUUCCACUGGGCUGGGUUGAUCCACCUCUAUCGGAGAAUACUUGGCAGGCCAUCGGAAGAUCUACAUGUUCAGAUUGCGGUUCAAGAGAUCAUCUCCUGUUUUUCAAGAAUUCGAAGGGGAGGGAGUGCGGAGGCUUGCUCGCUCCUCCCGAUCUUUACUGCGGGCUGCAACGCCAAAGAUGCUGCGCAGCGGGCGUUUGUCAUUGAGCGACUUGGUGCUGGUGAGAACCAAGUAAAUUCAGCAGUCCUCAAGGUACACAAAGCUAAAAGAGUUAUGGAGAAAGUGUGGGAGACUGGGCAACCAUGGGAGACAUUACUGAGCACGGAGUUUAUUGGAUAGAUUGGGGCCUAUGGCUGGAAAAAAAAAUCGGAAUUUUACAGAGGUAUUAUCUGGCGCAAUAAGACGGAUCGGGAUCUACAAUGUGCCCAAGGGUGGCAAUUUGUAUGGGAAAUGAACUACGUCGAAAAG